GCGCGCUCAGAAAACUUUAGAUUCGCGGCGACCGUCGAACAGGUCGUACUCGGUCCUCGUUUUCGUCCUCUGGCUUCCUGUUUGUUGUGCUCCAAACGACUCGAGCAUGAAGUGGUUUCUCUUGUUUGUGGUGGCGCUCGGAGUGGCUUUGGCCACGGCCAACUCCGACUCCAGCUACAGCUACUACCGCCUUCCCACGGCCCUGCGGCCCCAGAAGUACCAUUUGCGUAUCCUGACCAAUCUGGAGAAUCCCGAAGAUCUCAAGUUCGCAGGGACUGUGAAAAUCAUCAUCGAAGCUCUGGAGAACACAAACAACAUUACGCUCCACUCGAAGAAUCUGACCAUCGACGAGUCUCAGAUCACUCUCCGGGAGAUAAGUGGCGACAAAAAGGACAACUGUGUCUCCUCCACGGCCGUGAAUCCCUCCCACGACUUUUACAUCCUCAAGACAUGCCAGGAACUGGUGGCUGGUAGCAUCUACGAGCUGAGCUUGCCAUUUGCCGCCGAUUUAAACAGGCAACUGGAAGGCUACUACCGCAGCUCCUACAAGGAUCCAGUGGCCAAUGCAACAAGAUGGAUCUCUGUCACCCAAUUCGAACCAGCAUCGGCGCGCUUGGCUUUUCCCUGCUUCGAUGAGCCGGAUUUCAAGGCACCUUUCAUUGUCACGCUCGGUUAUCACAAAAAGUACACUGGCCUCAGUAAUAUGCCAGUAAAAGAAACAAAACCCCAUGAAACGCUCGCCGAUUACAUAUGGUGCGAGUUCCAGGAGUCAGUGCCCAUGUCCACCUAUCUGGUGGCCUAUUCCGUCAACGACUUCUCCCACAAGCCCUCGACUUUACCGAACAGUGCCCUUUUCCGCACCUGGGCCCGUCCUAACGCCAUCGACCAGUGCGACUAUGCGGCCGAGUUUGGACCAAAAGUCCUGCAGUAUUACGAGCAGUUCUUCGGCAUCAAGUUCCCCCUUCCGAAGAUCGACCAAAUAGCCAUUCCGGAUUUCAGUGCCGGUGCCAUGGAGAACUGGGGUCUGGUGACCUACCGGGAGAUAGCACUUCUCUACUCGGCGGCCCACUCUUCGCUGGCGGACAAACAGCGGGUGGCUAGUGUGGUGGCCCAUGAGCUGGCGCAUCAGUGGUUCGGCAAUCUGGUGACCAUGAAAUGGUGGACCGAUCUGUGGCUCAACGAAGGCUUUGCCACCUACGUGGCCAGCUUGGGCGUGGAGAACAUCAACCCGGAGUGGCGAUCGAUGCAGCAGGAGUCGCUCUCCAAUCUGCUGACCAUUUUCCGCAGGGACGCUCUGGAGAGCAGUCACCCGAUUUCCAGGCCCAUCCAAAUGGUUUCGGAGAUUUCCGAGAGCUUCGAUCAGAUCUCCUACCAAAAGGGUUCCACCGUGCUGCGCAUGAUGCACAUGUUCCUGGGCGAAGAGUCCUUCCGCUCGGGUCUGCAGUCCUACUUGCAGAUGUACUCCUACAAGAAUGCUGAGCAGGACAAUCUCUGGCAGUCCCUAACGCAGGCUGCCCACAAAUACCGUGCUUUGCCCAAGAGCUAUGACAUUAAGAGUAUAAUGGACUCCUGGACACUGCAGACAGGCUACCCAGUGAUUAAUGUGACUAGAGAUUACUCAGCCAAAACCGCCAAACUUAGCCAGGAACGUUACCUUCUGAACACCCAGAUCACCCGAGCCCAUCGCGGAGGAUGCUGGUGGGUGCCGCUUAGCUACACCACCCAGGGAGAGCAGGACUUCAAUAAUACCGCACCCAAGGCCUGGAUGGAGUGCGGCAAGAAUGGCGAGAGUCUGCCCAAAACCAUCCAGAACCUUCCCGGACCCGACCAGUGGGUAAUCUUCAACACGCAGCUGUCCACGCUCUACAAAGUGAACUACGAUGCCCAGAACUGGAAGCUUCUGAUCGAGACCCUGACCAAUGGAGAUUUCGAGCGGAUCCAUGUGAUCAAUCGUGCCCAGCUGAUCGACGAUGCUUUGUACUUGGCUUGGACUGGGGAACAGGACUACGAAAUCGCCAUGCGACUGAUUGAAUAUUUGCAAAGGGAGCGAGAGUACCUGCCCUGGAAGUCGGCUUUUGAGAACCUGAAACGAGUUGGUCGGAUCGUUCGUCAAACCCCCGACUUUGAGUUCUUCAAGCGCUACAUGAAGAAGCUGAUCAGCCCGAUCUACGAGCAUCUGAAUGGAAUCAACGAUACUUUCAGCGCGAUUAAGCAGCAGGAUCAGGUCCUUCUGAAGACCAUGGUGGUCAACUGGGCCUGCCAGUACCAGGUGUCUGAUUGUGUGCCCCAGGCACUGAACUACUACCGCAAUUGGCGGUCAGAGCCCAAUCCUGACGAGAAAAAUCCGGUGCCAAUCAAUGUGCGGAGCACCGUCUAUUGCACUUCAAUUAAACAUGGAAGCGAUUCCGACUGGGAGUUCCUGUGGACCCGCUACAAGAAAUCGAAUGUGGCUGCUGAGAAGCGAACUAUUUUGACCGCUUUGGGAUGCUCGCGAGAGGUGUGGCUAUUGCAGCGUUAUUUGGAACUGACCUUCGACCCCAAGGAGGCCAUUCGCAAGCAGGACUCGAUGUGGGCAUUCCAGGCUGUGGCCUUCAACGAAGUGGGCUUCUUGCUGGCCAAGAAAUAUUUCAUGGACAACGUGGACUUUAUAUACAAGUUCUACCAUCCCCUCACCAAGGACAUGUCGCGUCUUCUGUCACCACUCUCCGAACAAGUCAUCACCCAAAGUGACUUCAAUGAGUUCCGCGACUUUGUCAACAAUUCUCGCCAAUCGCUCAAGGGCUUGGAACAGGCCAUCCAACAGACUCUGGAAAUAAUGCUCACCAAUGUCCAGUGGAAGGAACGAAACUACCACCAGAUGUCUCGCUCCAUCCAGCAGCUGCUCUAGAUUAAUCCUCUCGAAACUCUCAUCAGCUCAUUUAAGAAUUUUAAUCUCUUGAUUUCAGCAGGAAUAUUAUGAAUAUUUAAAGUCCCCUAAAUAAACUAUUUAAUUCUAUAGUAUUAUUCAAAAA